AUGCAAGUAUACAAGCGUGUUCCGAUUAUCACCAACAAGCACCCGAUUGCUGAGCGUGAGGGCGUCCCGCACCAUGUAAUGGAUCAUGUCAACUGGGAUGAAGAGUAUUUCAUUCAUAGAUACAGUGACGAAGCCAAUGCGGCCAUUGAGAGGAUUCACGCGGAAAACAAGACUCCAAUUAUCAUCGGUGGCACCCACUAUUAUCUUCAAAAUCUUUUGUUCAAGAACAAGACUGUGGGAGAGAUGGAACAAACCUAUGGGAAGAGGGAUGUGACCACUGAAGAACUUCAAAUCCUUGAUGGGCCCGUGGAACAGCUUUUUUCUACGCUUGAGAAAGUCGAUCCUCUUAUAAGCCAUAAAUUUCACCCAAAAGAUCAGAGGAAGUUGCGUCGUGCGCUCGAAAUAUACUAUACGACUGGCCAGAAACCUAGUGACAUGUAUCAAGAACAAAAGCUCGAAGAGUUGGAAGAUACCUCUCUCAAAUUCAACACACUCUUUUAUUGGAUAUACUGCGACCCUGAUACUCUACGUGAUAGACUCGACAAGCGUGUAGAUGCAAUGAUGACCAGCGGAGCAUUGGAUGAGAUAAAAGAAAUGAACGCAGUGUAUCAAGCCAGCGAGCCGAAACCAGAUAUUACCACCGGAAUCUGGCAGGUCAUCGGCUUCAAGGAGUUUCUUCCUUGGCUCGAGAAUGGGCAAUCUGACCAGAAAUUGUUUGACGAGGGAGUCGACAGAAUGAAGAUCAGGACACGCCAGUAUGCCAAAUACCAGGUCAAGUGGAUUAAAAAAUUGCUAGGAGUUGAAUUAUUCAAGGAGAGCCGGUUUAACUACAAGUACGGUGGAAAACUAUAUCUUCUAGAUGCAACAGACCUCUCUAAGUGGAAAGAGAAUGUUUCGGAUAGGGGCCUCGCUAUUGCAGAGGAGUUCAUUAAUAAGGGCCCAUUGGGUGUUUCACAAGAACAGGCGCCAGAAAAUCUCACUUCACUUCUUCCACUGACAGACUUCUUUGAGACUUUCAACAGCAACAAGACCCUUCAAGCGUCCAAUAAUUGGAAACACUAUGAAUGCUCUGUGUGUGUGGAUGCAAAAGGCGAACCAUUAGUAGCUGUCGGAGAGCAGAGCUGGGAGAUACAUCAGAAUAGUCGGCGCCAUAAGAAGAAGCUACAGUCUAAAGAAAAAAGGAAGAGAACGGAGGAGUUUCUUCGCCAGUACAAAAAAGCAAAGGAUACGGAACAAACAGAUACAUAG